GGGAGGAGGGUGAGUGGAGGCUUGGGGGGUAUGUGGAUAUGAGCGGAGAAAUCGGAGGUAACGACUUGGAAAACAGGAGAACGAUCCGUGAGGAACAGUGGAAGCAGCUUGAGGCAGAGAGGGAGAGUUUGCAAGAAGAGAGGAAGAAGCUCGAUGUCAAUGAGACGGAAGAAAAGCGACAGGAAGAGGAAGAGCAGCAUACUUCACGCGUACCUAUUCGUGACCGCGCACUUAGCCUGCUGGAUUUCCAGAAGAAGACAAAGCUAAAAGGCAAGUCAAAGGUCGAAGUCGCCGAGCCGCAAAACGUAAAGGCCGACUCCCUGCACACGUCAGACUCAAGCAGCCCCAAGGAUGAUAUCCCUGUUCUCGCCGUGUCGCAACCCUCGCCCGCUGGCGAAGGAUUCCCCAGACUGCCCCUACCACCACCACCACUUCACGCUCCCCCUCCUCCGCCCCUAACAGUCCGUAACCCAGAUCUUGCACAAAUGGUCACACAGCAACCCUCUACACCAACGCGCGACCAAGCUCCAACGCGUCCCAGAGCCCCCACACCUCCAUCGCUGAAGAGCGCUACGACCACAGAAACCGACAUCGACGAUCAGAGUGGGAGCAAGGCACUUUCUUUGCGACAGAGUUGUUCUUCUGCAACGAGAGUUCAGGCUGAUAUCCCAGUUGUGCCUGUGCUUGAAAAUAGUGGACUGGUGAGAGGUGUCGGUACAUUGGAGAGGCAGGUCCCGGAGAACAGUGGACUAGUACAGGACUUUGGUACGUUGGAGAGGGCGAGAGCGCGGAGGGCCAACGGUAAUCGCUUCUUUGCGUGUUGCGUUGGGAGGAGGAAGGAGGUGGCGGGUGAGAGGAAGCGUGUAUGCUGGAAGGUUGCGACGGCUUAGAGAAGGAUCUCGGAAGCCGUGUACCUAUGGGCAUGGGUGCACGAGAGUGUAUUGCAGAUGAAUCACAAUUGCACGGUACGC